AUGAAAGGAAGCUCCAAAUCUGCUCCAUAUCAAUCCAACUUGAAACCCCUGACGAUUCGAGCAAGAGCUGGAAGUACACCAGGUCUUGACAACAAACAAAUGCAUUCUCUUAUCAAUAAAAACAAUAAAUUCAGUCGGAUGUUGUGCAAAGAUUCGGAUACUGUAGAUUUCUUUUCAAUUCCAGACUCCCCAACUCCGACACUUCCAUCGUCUCGUUCUCCAUCAGUCCUCUCAAUCACUCCAGCAUCUCCAACAGAGAACGUUGUCAAUUCAGUACGAAUAAUAAAAGUGGCACCCGCCAAGGUGCGCCCAUCGAAAUCGACAAGUCGUUGGCAGGGAUUCUGUCAUUCCGUUCAAGAUACAGUCUCGAUUCUUUCGGAUGAAACGGAUAUUUAUGAGACUCCACGGACUGCUCGCUCAUUCUCUUGUGCUGAACUCCUCGAUUCUGAUGAUGAUUCACCAGAUUACGGUCUCUCUCCAACGUCACCUCCAUUUUCAUCAAAAGAUGGACCAGAAGACGUCUUCGAAAGAGUCAAAACUGCAUCAGUUCCUGCUAUUAACACACUAAAAGAAAUGAAAGCAGUUCAUCCAUUUCGCUCAUUGUAUCUUGAUGAAGUCGUCUGGCAAAUUGAUGAUUGUGUAUUCGCUUCUGCUUGUGAUGCAGUCAAUAAUAAUUCACUUAUGUGUCGAUUGAAUAUUGAAUUCAUUUGUGAAAUUGCCGAUGAGACAGCUGAACAUGUUCAAGAGGCUCGACGCCAAAACCGUGGUUUCGAGUGCCCCUGCUUCUGCAAUCGAGCCGCCAAUCAUUUCCGUUAUUAUCUCUCUUACAGUCUUCCAGAGACUGAGCAGAGAUGCAUGCAGCUCACUGAGGAUACCAAAUUAAACGAAAUGUUCGAUGGAUUUCUUGAUUUGGUUCAACGUGCUCGCCGAGCGAAUCGCAAUGUUUUGGUUUGCAGUACUCGUGGAAGAAAUCGUGCACCAGCAUUCGCUUCUGCUUACUUGAUGAGCAAGGAGCAAAUUCCACGUCAACAGGCGGUUGCAAAAGUUCGUCAAGCAAUGGGAACAAUGAGGCCACCGGUCAAUAUUUCCGAUUUUAUGCAAAGGAAAUUGAUGAGAUACCAACAACAUCUUGGAAUUGAUCUCUCGAAUGCAUAUGAUCCAACUCAUACUCUCCCACUUUUCCACGUUAAAAGGUCUGCAUGGACGUAA